AUGUCCAAACCCCAGCUUAUCGCCCGCGUUCGCAGCAAGGCCGACGUCGACGCUGCAGUCAAGGCCGGAUUCAAGGCCGUCGACUACAAUGUCGAUGCUGCCAUUCCACAAGACGCUGUCUCCGGCCUUGAAGCUUAUGUCAACGUCGCCCCUAGUGUGCUGGACACUGAAGCGCCGGAGGUCAAGCACGGAACGACUGUGUACCAGAGCCCUGCUCACAGCAGCAACAUCCUCUGGGACUUGCAGAAGACCGCCCAUCUCGCGGUCCGGGACAUGGACGCAGCGCACCUCCGCCUCUUCAUCGGGAGCGGGUAUCGCAUCUCGACGCUGCGCGUGCGGAUGUCGCUCCUCGACCGGCGGUGCGAGUUGAACGGGCUGCUGCAGUGGUGUCGCGAAAACGGCGUCAAGGUGCUCGCUUACGACACGGAGUUUGGCGGGUUCCUCGAUGCCGCUGAGGGACUGAAGGAUACGGAAGAGGAGGGCGACGGGCAGAACGCCUCGCACGCCGAGUACGUCCGCUCUGCUGGCGGCUGGGAUGUCUUCCAUACCGCGAUCAAGGCGCUCGACUCCGUCGCUCAGCGCCACGGCGUGCCGCUCUCCGCCCUGUCGGCGGCAUAUGUCGCCUCGCUGGGCGUGGACGGCAUCGUCUUCCCCCCCUCGGCGCCCAAGUUGCCAACUCUCACGACCUCGGACGUGGACGCGAUCCGCGCCGCCGUCAACGACCUGAAAACACCGCGCGGUGAUCCAGGCGACGAGACCAAGUACCCCGCCUAUCUCUCUGCUCUCCCAGGUGACCCGAAGUUCAACGCUCAUCGCGCUGAGCGGAUCACUGAGAUCGAGCGUGUCGCCGGCCUGGGAGGGAGGAUUGAAGCUUCGUCCGGGGCCCGCUGGGAGCCUGUGGCGGAGUACUCUCGCGGCCUCCGCGUGGGCCGCUUCUUCGAGGUUGCGGGCACGACGGCGCGGGCACACCCGUCAGGCAAGGGAUGCCUGGGCAAGGACGCCGAGGACCAGGCGACGCAGAUCUUCGACAUUGUCGCGGGUGCCGUGCACGCUGUUGGCGGGGAUAUGCGCGAUGUGACCCGCACGCGUGUGCUGUUGAAGGACGUCGAGGACUGGCCGGGACAGUGCAAGGUCCACGGAAGGGUGUUUGGACGCUUUGGCGUCCGGCCCGUCGAUACCAUGGUUGGCGGCACUGUGCCCAUCAUCGAGGGGAGCAGGGUCGAGAUCGAAGCGCUGGGCGUCAUCGGCGGACAUGAGGGACCCCUCAUGCGGGUCGGCAUGUGCUAG